AUGAUUAAAGAGAAUUAGAAUUUGAUGGCUGUGGGAGUAUUAUUUGGAUUGUCAAUUAUACUUGAAUUAAUCGCUAAUUCGAGAUUGAAGAACAACAAACUCAAAGUAAUUUUGAUCUACUUAAGUUUUUGUUCCAAAUAUUUGGGUAUUUGGUUUUUGAGUAAUUCUCCUGGAGCGAGCUUCUUGCUUUAAGGAAUAAUGUGUUAAUCCUUGAAAUCUAAGAACAUUUUUGAUCAUAUUUUUUUAUAUGAGAUGAUAGGAUUGUUUGGUUUGAUAUUGAAUAUAUUCAAUAAAGAGAGAAUUGUUAUUUAGAAUGCAGCAAUAUUAGCAAUAGAAUUGGUGAUAGCCCUUAUAUUUUUGAUCCAACUUUAUAAGCUCAUAAUGCAGCAUUACCCUUACAAUAGAUAACACAAUUUCAUCCAGAAUUAAGUCAUCAUCGAUUUGACUGCUAAUCACAAGAUUAAAUAAGAUUACGAGGUAACCCCAAGUUAAUCUCCAAGAUCAAACUUUUAGAAAUUAUUCUAAUCUAAUAAUUUCAUUAUUAUCAGAGAGAAUUUAGAAAUUUUGGAGAGUAAUUUUGAUCUCAAAAUUCAUUGGCUCAAUGAAUCUUCUCCUUAAAACAUUAUUUUAGUUGAAUAAUUUAUGUAAUUGCAAGUAAUUUCUUCUAAUUUCGGGGAGAGUGAAUAAACAUACAGUUUUAAAGAAUUCAUGUUGAAAUUCAAAGACAACUUAAAGACUCAAUUUAUAUCUUUGCUUAUUUCAAAGAGUCAAGUUUUUGAUUUAGAGAAUGUCACAUUAAACUUAAUGCCAAUUCAAAACCAUGACAGUCUUAACUUUAUUGUUUCAUUUUCAUAUUUAAGUCAGUUGUUAGUUAGGAGAAUGCAAGAUGAUAGUAGUAACCAAGUAUUGAUGGAUAUCAGUCGUUCUCUAUCUCAUGAAUUAGGCACCAAUCUUAAUAGUAUAAUGGUUUUUUCUAGUUUGGCUUUGCAUGAUGAUGAGGUACCUGAAUCUGUUAAGUAAAAGUACAUUUCGCCACUAAAAAUAAAUAGUGAGCAACUCGGUUUAAUUGUAAGUAAUAUAAGAGAUUACAAUUUAAUAAGCUUGUAAUAAUUCAAUCUAAAAUUAGAGGAAUUCAACAUCAAUGAUGAAGUCAAGUACAUUGAGACUCUAAUGAUUGAUAUCAUUAAAGAUAAGUAGAUUAAUUUGGUACAUGAUUAUUAAUUGAUCAACUCUCUUAUUAUCAAUGAUCGACAAAGAUUUCGAUAAGUUUAUUUUCAAUUUUUACAUAAUGCUGUUAAAUAUACUACUACAGGUACAAUUCGUAUCAAAAUUGAAACUAAUAGAUCAUAAUGUUAAAUAUCAAUCUAAGAUUCUGGACCUGGAUUAUCUGAAGAAGAGAUGGCCAGAAUGUAGAAUAUUCUUAUUGGAAAGAAUCAAUUUGUAAAGAUUUCACCUCAUUCGGUUGGAAGUGGUUUGGGAAUUGGCAUUUCAAAUAGUAUCAUUAAAAGAUUGAAUGGUCGAAAUAUUCCAAUAAUUUGUGAUUAAAAGGAUAAGGGAACCAUUUUUACAUUCUUGAUCAAGAACCAUCUGCAUGAGAUUAGCAAUUACGAUAACAAGAAAUCUAUAGAACUCAGAUCAAGUAGAUCAAUUAUUAGACUAAUUUCUGGUAAUUCAUAUAUUGAGUCACCUUUCAGUAAUUCAGUUAAAUUCAUACUCCCAUCUAUCAGUCAAAGCAGUGAUUCAGUAAAUUAUAAGAAUUCCAUUGUCGAAGAUGACAAUGUUCUCAGAUAACCUAAAUUACUCUUAGUCUAGGAUCAAGGAUCGGUACCUAUCAGUGAGGAUGAAUUCUUAAUUAUUCAAGAACCGCGUAAUCUCAGUCCGAAAUUUCAAUAUGAAAUUAUUGAAUGCUCCAUUCAAAGUAAUUGUUGUUCAAGAGUUUUGAUUGUUGAUGAUGAGUACUUUAACAUUUUAAGUCUCCAACUCUUAAUGCAAAAACAUAGAGCUAAAUGUGAUUAUGCAUAUAAUGGAAAAGAAGCACUUAAUAAGAUUAUGUAAAAAUUGGAAAUAGGAUGUCAUAUUUGUUAGAACAAAUAUUACAGUCUCAUUUUUAUUGACAUCAACAUGCCCAUUCUAAAUGGAUACCAGACAGUCAAGGAAAUCAAGAGUUUGAUCAAGAACAAAACGAUCAGAAGAGCAUGGUGUGUUGCUAAUACAGGAUUUACAGAUCUUGAUACUAAGAUAUAGUCAUUCAAUUCGGGAAUGGACUACUUUCUCACUAAGCCAUUAGAUGCAAAAAAUCUUCAUGAAUUAAUUGUUUAAAUGUUUCCUCUACAAAAAUGA